AUGCCCACCUCAACUUCACUUGCUAAACUUUCUGCCACCGAUAUUGAGUUAUUGGUUGAAUGGAAAAAUACUUACGAAGGACAAAUUUCGAAAUAUCACCAUAUUUGGCUUCGUGACAACUGUCACUGUGAUGAAUGCUACUAUGCUAUAACAAAACAGCGCUUACUCAACAGUGCAGCCAUCAGACCAGAUAUCCAACCAACUGAAUUCAGAAUUGAAGAUGAUAAGGUGAUUAUAAUUUGGAAUCAGGAUAAUCACCGCAGUGAAUAUUCAAUCGAUUGGCUUAUUUGGCACUCAUAUAAUCCUAAAUUAAUCCCAAUUGAUUCUAAAGUCAAGGGUGAAAAAGAGACUUUGCAAAGGGAGUAUUGGGAUGUUCAAUAUAUCAAAGAUCAUUUACCCAAAGUCGACUUUGACCAAGUGAUGAAGUCGUCAGAUGAAACCGACCAAGAAGAUGCCAUUAAAGAUUGGUGUUUGAAAAUAUGGAAACAUGGAUUUUGUCUUAUUGAUAAUGUACCAGUAGAUCCCAAAGACACCGAAGCCUUAUGCGAGAAAUUGAUGUUCAUAAGACCUACUCAUUAUGGUGGGUUUUGGGAUUUUACUAGUGAUUUAGCAAAAGCUGACACUGCUUAUACCAACUUAGAUGUUGGAUCACAUACUGAUGGAACUUAUUGGUCAGACACACCGGGACUUCAAUUAUUCCAUUUGUUGUAUCAUGAUGGUACUGGGGGGACUACUUCAUUAACUGAUGCAUUUUACUGUGCAUCAACUUUACGUAAAAAACAUCCUGAAUCAUUUGAGUUAUUAUCGAAGGUGCCAAUACCUGCUCAUUCGGCUGGGGAAGAGAAAGUUUGUAUUCAACCAGAUAUUCCUCAGCCAAUUUUCAAACUUGAUAAUCAAGGGGAGUUAAUUCAAGUUAGAUGGAACCAAUCGGAUAGAAGUACCAUGAAUGAUUGGGAGAACCCUCAAGAUGUUUUGAAGUUCUACGAAGCUUUAAGAAAUUGGUAUCUGAUUAUUUCAGAUCCGGAAAACGAAUUCUUCUAUCAAUUGAAGCCCGGACAAUGCUUAAUUUUUGAUAAUUGGAGAUGCUUCCAUUCUAGAACAGAAUUCACCGGUAAAAGGAGACUUUGUGGGGCCUAUAUCACUCGUGAUGAUUUUGUAUCAAGAUUGAAAAUUUUAAAUUUAGGAAGACAAGCUGUGUUAGAUUCGAUCUAG